AUGGCAGAGAAACCAUGGGUGAGGAUGGUGACUGCACAGACACCAACAAAUAUAGCUGUGAUAAAGUACUGGGGCAAGAGAGAUGAGACCUUGAUUUUGCCUGUUAAUGAUAGCAUAAGUGUCACUCUUGAUCCGGCCCAUCUUUGCACGACCACUACUGUUGCUGUUAGUUCUAGUUUUGACCAGGAUCGGAUGUGGCUCAAUGGAAAGGAGAUUUCCCUUUCUGGAGGCAGGUUCCAAAAUUGUUUAAGGGAAAUUCGUGCCCGGGCUUGUGACGUCGAGGAUGAAGAGAAGGGUAUAAAGAUUGCAAAGAAGGAUUGGGAGAAAUUGCAUGUGCAUAUUGCUUCAUUUAACAAUUUCCCUACUGCUGCUGGACUGGCUUCUUCUGCAGCUGGCUUUGCUUGUCUUGUUUUUGCCCUUGCAAAGCUGAUGAAUGCAAAAGAAGAUAAUAGCGAGCUUUCUGCUAUUGCAAGGCAAGGUUCUGGCAGUGCCUGUCGCAGUUUAUUUGGUGGAUUUGUGAAGUGGAUCAUGGGAAAAGCUGAGGAUGGAAGGGAUAGCCUUGCUGUUCAACUUGUAGACGAAAAGCACUGGGAUGAACUUGUUAUCAUUAUCGCUGUGGUAUGUUCGCGGCAGAAAGAAACAAGUAGCACCACGGGGAUGCGGGACAGUGUUGAAACUAGCUUGCUUUUGAAACACAGAGCUAAGGAAGUUGUACCAAAACGCAUUACAGAAAUGGAAGAAGCCAUAAAGACUCGUGAUUUUGAAUCUUUUGCACAAUUAACUUGUGCGGAUAGCAAUCAGUUCCAUGCUGUCUGCUUGGAUACAUGCCCCCCAAUAUUCUACAUGAAUGAUACGUCUCACAGGAUAAUCAGCUGUGUCGAAAAAUGGAAUCGCUCAGAAGGAACACCUCAGGUGGCCUAUACCUUUGAUGCUGGGCCCAAUGCAGUUCUAAUUGCACAUAAUAGAAAGGCUGCUACCCAGUUACUGCAGAAACUGCUUUUUUGCUUCCCUCCAAGUUCCGAUACUGAUCUGAACAGUUAUGUUAUAGGUGAUAAGUCUAUACUAAAAGAUGCUGGGAUUGAAGAUAUGAAGGAUGUGGAAGCUUUGCCACCACCUCCAGAAAUUAAGGAUGCCCAGAGAAGCAAAGGAGACGUUAGUUAUUUCAUCUGUACAAAACCUGGUAGAGGUCCUGUUUUGCUCUCUGAUGAAAGCCAGGCUCUUCUCCAUCCUGAAACAGGGCUGCCUAAAUGA